CUUUAUCUCUCUAACAGACUGUCAUAGAAAUAGAUGUCAGGCUUUCUGGAGUGCUUUCAUGAUUCUUGUGAUAGUUUAAUAAGCAUUCUGCAUCAUGGACGAGAACAACAUCCGUGAAAAACUGAAUAUUCAUCCGUUAGAAAGAAAAAAAAAUUCAUAGAGAGGCCAAAGCGUUUCAAAAUACGGACUCUGGCGGCUGAUACGAAGAUGUGUGAGCGUGAGCAAAUGUGAGCAGCACGCCAGCCUCUCAGGUGUACAGGACGGUGACCGCUCAAUACAGUAUGGCGUCCCUCUUCAACAUGAGGAAAGCGGUCUCUCCUCCAGGCGGCGAGUGUUACGGCUUGCCGAGACACACUUUCUGGCUUCAAACACAGAAAUAUCGUCAGGAACUUUCUUGUCUUUUUUCUCUUUCCUUCUUUGUUUCUUUUCUUCUUUUAACUUCCACACGACCACAACCUCUCAGGGUCAGCGCUGGCAGUCCCUCGGGCCUUUGUACGACCCUAUGUAGUACAUUACGUCCUCGAGGAGAACGUGUGGCAAUCAUAAGGUGUCCGCGGCUCCAGCCACAUCAGGGUGUAGGUGUGGAGGUGACUGAAGUGAUUGCUGAAGGUAAGCAGACCUGUCUCCUGCCGCAGAUGGAGCGCGGGGAGGCGGCGUGCCGGGUGUGUGGGGACAAGGCGUCGGGGAAGCACUACGGCGUGCCCUCCUGUGACGGCUGCCGAGGGUUCUUCAAGAGGUCCAUCCGCCGCUACCGUAACAAGACGUUGGACUACGUGUGCAAAGAGGCGGGCACUUGUGUCGUGGACGUCACUCGGAGGAACCAGUGUCAGGCGUGCCGCUUCAAGAAGUGUCUCGACGUCAACAUGAAGAAGGACGCCGUGCAGCACGAGCGAGCUCCCGCGGUCCUGCCAGAAGCGGCCCAUGUUCGCCCCAGACAUGCCAGGCUCGACAGGGUUCCCCCCGGUGUCCGUGGGCGGUGGAGCCAGCCUGCCGCCCCUGCCGCCCUACUACCCGGCACUGCUUCCGCCCAUGCCCCUUCAAGCCGGGUCGGCAUUCAGUCCGCCACGCCGCGCCGCCUCGCCGCCCCCCCUUCCAGCGGAGGGGAAACUGAGGUGACCAGCUCCGACGGGAACACCAAGAACAACACCAAAGCCUCCAUUGCCGCCGCCAUCAUCCACAGCACGGCCACCAUCACCACCACCACUACCACGGCAGACACAUCCACCUGCGCCACCACCGCCCCCGCCUCCACCUCCACUACCACCACCACCACAACCACUACCACCAUCAACAACAAUAACGACACAGUCACCAACAAUAACAUUGGGAUAGCUGCUGCAAUUAACUGCAAAAUCAACAAUGAUAAGAGGGAAUCCAGUUCACCACCACCAGCGUUCCUUACGGCCCCUCGCUCCCCCUCCCUUGCCAGCCCCGCCAGCACGCCCCUCCCCUCACCCACCUCGCCCUCCCCGCCCAUCAACGCCACGCAAUCAUCGGCGCCGCCCAUCACAGUGGACGCCGGCGCGCUGGUCAUCUCCCCGACAGACAGCGUGUACGAGAAUGCCGCCAAACUGCUGUUCCUGGGCGUCAAAUGGGCGAGGUCCAUCCCGUCAUUUAUGCAGUUGCCGUUCCGAGACCAGGCCAUCCUGUUAGAAGAAUCCUGGAGUGAGCUGUUCGUCGUGGCCGCCGCUCAGUGGUCUCUUCCCCUCGACCAAGAUCAACACGCCUUUUAUAUGGCUUUCAGACUUAACAUCAAAAGACAACUUGUAUUUCCAUUCAAAAUCAAUUUCCUUUUCGUGAUGUCGGCGGAGAUAGUCACUGUAGUGAUGAUCAACUCUUGCCUCACACUCAUAGGGGGCCUGGUGCGCGACGCAGACUUGUCAACAGAACACGAGGCGGGGCUGGUACGCACCGUGGAGGGCAUGAGGGAUGUCAUUACGCGGCUGCACGCCCUCAGGGUGGACCACACUGAAUAUGCCUGCCUCAAGGCUCUCAUCCUCUUCCGCCCAGAGGCGCGAGGGCUGCGUGACGGCUAUGGCGUGGAGGUGUUGCAGGACCAAACCCAACUCAUGCUGCAUGAGUACCUGGCGAGCAAGGUGUGUGGAGCCGGCGGGAGGGUGCGGGCCGGCAAACUGUUGCUGCUGCUCCCUGCCCUCGGCCACAUUUCCGCUACGGCCGUACAAGAGAUCUUCUUCAAGCGGACAGUCGGCAACACCCCUAUCGAGAGAGUCCUCUGUGACAUGUUUAAGUCCAGCUGAAGCCUGAAGGCGUGCGUACUCCAGCAGUGACCGCCGAUUUUUAAAAUGGCACCUGCCUGUAUUCAGUGUUGUGCC